AUGGGUGAAACUUACGAUAAAUACUACAAUUACGUAGACCUAACCGAGCGGUUCCGGUCUCUGGCGCAGAGACACCCGCACAUAGCGAACCUGUCGAGCGUAGGUCGGUCUGUGGAGGGCAGGGAGCUGUGGGUGAUGCGGAUCACUCUGGACCCGGAAAAGGACUCGCCGGGGAGACCCAGGUUCAAAUACGUCGGGAACAUGCACGGAGACGAAACCGUGUCCAGACAGGUGCUGGUUUACCUGGUGGAGUAUUUGCUGAGCAGAUAUGGAGAGGAGCCCCGCGUUACGGAGCUGGUGAACAGCACGGACAUUUACAUCAUGCCCAGCAUGAACCCGGACGGGUUUGAAAGGUCCAAGGAGGGGGACUGUACCGGGGUGACCGGGGGUCGAGAUAAUUCUAAAUUCAGCGACCUGAACAGGAGUUUUCCUGACCAGUUCGACGGGACGACUGUGGAUCCAGGUCACAUACCUGAGGUCAUGGCUGUGAUCAGGUGGAUUCAGGAGAAAAAUUUUGUUCUGUCAGGGAACCUGCACGGGGGCACAGUGGUUGCCAGUUACCCUUUCGAUGACUCUGCCACCCACCACCUUCAGGGCUUCUACAGCCAAUCAGAUGACGACAGCUUGUUCCGUCACUUGGCCCUCGUGUACGCCCAGAAACACCCCGUGAUGAAAACCGGUCAACCCAACUGUCCCGACAGCCCCGAAGAAACAUUUUCAAAUGGUAUUACAAACGGGGCUCACUGGUAUGAUGUGGCAGGCCCGCUCUAA